GCACACCGGGCCGUGCUGCUGGCCAGGGCGCCGCGGCUCUUCGCCCCGCUGGGCAGCCCCCGGGAGGCGCUGCGGCUGCGCGGCGUGGGACCGGCCGAGCUCCGGCGCUUCCUGCGGCUUGUAUAUUCAUCUGAUAAAAAUCUUCAAGAAUCAGAGGAACUGGCUAUGAUGAAAAAACUGGAACCCAAAUUAAUACAAGAAAACAACAUUGCUACUCUUCAGAACACUCAAACAGAUGUAAAUUGUCUUGGAGAUGACAAAAGCACAGCAGCUGAACAGAAUGCUCCAGGUGGAGCUGUGCAGGAAGAAGUUGCUUAUGUAUCUUGUAUUGACGAGGAAAUUUCAGAAGUAGCCAUUGAUGCAGAAAGCAACAAAGCCAUGGCAGGUGAUUCCAAGCUAGAAGCCGCAUCUGUAUUAGGAGAAGACUUAAUGAAGCUCUACAAGAAGCAUUGUUGUCCAGAUAUUAACAUUUGCAUAGAAGGCCACAACUUUCAAGCUCACAGGGCCAUUUUAUGUGCCAGAUCUAGUUACUUUGCUGCUAUGCUGAGUGGAAGUUGGGCUGAAAGCUCCCAAGAGCACAUCACUCUUCAAGGCAUAAGCCAUAUAGAAAUGAGUGUCAUCUUGCAUUUUAUAUAUGGAGCUAUUCUGGACUUCCCAGAUGAAGUUGAUGUUGGUCGCAUGUUGGGCAUUGCAGAUAUGUAUGGGCUAGAUGGGUUGAAAGAAGUAGCUAUCUACAUUUUGAAGAGGGAUUACUGCAAUUUUUUCCAAAAGCCUAUUCCUGGAAAACAGCAACCUGUACUAGAAUGCAUGGCUAUUGCUCAUUCACUGGGAGUGGAAAGCCUAUAUGCUGCCUGCAUGAAAUGGGUGGGAAAACAUUUUGCAAAAUGCUUGUCAGAGAGAAGCUUUGCCAGUUUACCUCCUGAACUUCAGAACAAUUGUCUUGUUAUGUUGAUUAAGUCUUUGAACCACAAGAAUGCUGCUUUCCUUUUGACGGAAAGUGACCGGCUGAUCAACAGUCUUCCCCAAGUGAAGUGGACGGAGGCAGCUGUGGCGGUGGCAUCUAGGCUACAAGAAGAAUGCAUAACCUAUGUUGUGGCAAACUUCCUACAUGUAGUACAAAGUGAAGCCUUCCAUACUUUGUUGCAGGCUCAGGCAAUGAGCAGCAAACCUGACCUUCUCGAACUAAUCUUUAAUGCAAUUGAAAAAAGUAUUAAUAACGAAAACAGCUGCUUUCUUCUUGUAGCUGUGGAUACAUUGCUGGACUCCGCAAAUGUGAAGGAGAUGGGUUUUACGUGCAAGAUCCAGGCUCUGCGUGAUAAGCUCUGGGUCUUCCUGGUUCAGUCUUUUUAUGCUGUUCGUCACACAGAAAGCUGGAAGCUGAUGAGACCAGACCAUCAACAGAAAAUACAAGCAGCUGCAUUUGACAAGGGUGAUGACCGAAGACUUGGCAAAAAACCUGUAUUCACUAGUUCUCAGCUAAAUAAAUCUGGUACUGAAUCUGUUGGUGUAAGGAAUACUUCUUGGACAGAACACGGCAAGAAAAAUUGUGGAAGAGAUUCUUCCACUAAUCAGGAUAAAAUGAAAUCUGAUGGAUUAGGAGCAUCUGGACAUGCAUCAAGCACCAACAGAAACACUGCCAAUAAGACUUCAAAGCAUGAGGAUACAAAGGGAAAAGAUAGCAAAAAAACUGUUUCCAAAAUUACUAAAGAUUCAAAACCUGGGGAAAAAACUGCUUCACCAAAGGCUAGAGCUGUCAUCAAAACAAAAAUAGAAAAUAAUGGAAAUACAAAGGCUGAAAGCAUGCCUACCAAGCAAGAUAUUGAAAAGACAUCAUCUGCAAGUGGACAAAAAAUUUCAGGAAGUGGCAAAGGAUUAAAGAACCAUGAAGGAAAAAUCGCAGGUGCCAGGCCUAAAGUCCUGACUGUAACCGCAAGUGUGCAAAUCAAAACAAAACCAUUGAAAAAAAACACAGGGAAGGAAUCUCCAUCCAUAGUGACUAUGGCAGGAACAUCCAGCAAGUUAAUGAACUCGAGCAUGGAUAUCCAGACUGCCAGCGAACAGGCAGAAGAACCCAAAGAGGAUAAAUCGGUAGAGGAAGGAAAAAAACAUACUGUAAUAACAAAGUCUUCUUUGAAGACAUCAAAUGGAGUCACCAACAAAAAGAAAAAGACUGAGCUUGAGGCUAAUGCCACAACAAGCAGUCUAACAAAAAAGUCAACUGGAAAAGGGUGCAAUGAACAAAAUGCACAAGCUGUUCUAAAGAAAAAAGGGAAUGUGAGUAGCAACUUUGCUACACAGCAAAAGGCUCAGAACACACCUACCAAUUCCCCCAAAAAUCAAGGACCUAUGGUGGAAUCACCAAACUCACUGAAAUCAGGAGUGUCUCCAAAACAUAACGAAGAAAAAAAUGUGGUACAGUACCUGGUUCAGACAGCACUCCCAGAAAAACUUCCUUCAGCCAAGAAGAAGAGUGUUAAGCAGUCUCAAGCACCUGUAACAAAAGCCGCUGCAAAAACACUAACACCCAAAACUCAGACUCCAUCAAAGCAUGGUGAGAUUAUGAAUAAUAAAGACCCAAAACUGAAAACAGCUGGGCAAUCUGUAUUAAAAUCUCAGUCCUCUGCCCCAAAACAUUCAAGGAGUGAAUCUCCUGUUGUCCAGAAGAAUAUGCACACCUCAGAGCACAGAAGUCCUGGACAGAAACUUGAAAAAAAUAUGGCUGAUGCUGUGGCAGUUCAGCUUCAUGAAAAUAAUGAAUGCAGUUCUGCAAAGCAAAGUGAAUGUCUAAAAUCUAUGAUGGAAGGUAGCAGGGAAGAUCAAUCCUGCCAACCUGAUAAACAAAAACUAUUGGAUCCUCCUGAAAAUGAGGAAUACAAAUCACAAUCUAAAUCUUUGCCUCUGAUUAUAGAAGAAACUCUUUCUAAAUUGCAUGUUUCACUGCAAAACGAAAUGGAAGCAAGAGAAAUCUGUGAAGAUCAGCCUGCAAUUCAACAGAAUAAAGACAGAAAGACAGAUGAUAAUACUGCUGAAUUUCACUGUCAAGCACAGUUUACCAGUGAUGGAUACUCAGACUUUUCCAAGAAAACCAAUCAAAAGGCUACUGCUUCAGGAGAACUGGUAGAACAUUCAAAAGCAACAACAGUCUGUAUCAAACAAAGUGAUAAAUUAAGCAGUGAUAUGGGUCUUAACUAUGGUGAAAAUACUUUACCGAGCUUUUCCAAAAGGAUAACCAAUAAAGAUGUAACAUCAUCUCCUCAGAUUCAUAUGGAGGGAUUUCUUUCAGCUGAUGAGUUGUAUGAUACAUCAGCCCUGACUGAAUACAAAUCAGUUACAGUAGCUUUAGAUGAUGUUUCCAAAUGUUCCACAGAAGGAGUAAGGGACAAAUGUGCACAUCAUUACACAGAAGGUAUUGAUCCCAUGGAAAUGCCAGAAAACCAAGAAAAUGCAGAAAUUCCCUUUGUGGACCACUGGAGUACUGGUGCACUAGAUCCAAAAGAGAGUCCCGAAUCAGAUACUGGCAGUGCCACCACAUCCUCUGAUGAUAUAAAACCAAGAUCGGAAGAUUAUGAUGCUGGAGGCUCUCAGGAUGAUGAAGGAUCCAAUGAAAGAGGGAUUUCUAAAUGCAGUACUAUGCUAUGCCAUGAUUUUCUUGGAAGAAGCAGCAGUGACACUAGCACACCUGAAGAAUUAAAAAUUUAUGACAGCAGCCUAAGAAUAGAAGUAAAAAUGAAGAAAGAAGGUUCUGAUCUCUUCCGUGUUAAUUCAACAAGUGAUGAUGAAAUACCAAGAAAAAAAAAUGAAAUUUGGUCCCAUCAGGGAAGCGCAAGGACCAAUACUAAAGAAACUGAAAAUUCUGCUUUUGGCAAUGCACAGUUUACUCAGGAAGCAGACCAAGUUUCUUCUUCUGCUGAUGAAACAGAAGAUGACAGAUCUGAAGCAGAAAAUGUUGCAGAAAAGAUUCCUCCAUCAAAUGUUCCCACUCAACAGUUCCAAGGAAUUGAUAAUUUAGCUUUUGAAGAUGCAACAGAAAACGAUAGUGCAAGACAAGAGUUUUCUAAAACUAAAAAUUUCAAACGAUCUGUUUUACUUUCAGUAGAUGAAUGUGAAGAAUUGGGAUCUGAUGAUAGAGGAGAAGCUCAUCCUUCACAUCAGCAUUCAAUAGAUUUUCUUACUCCUUCAGAUGUAUUUGACAGUGUUUCUCAAGAGCACCAUGGAAAGACUUUUUAUUCAAGAUACUCGUUGGAAAUUGAAGAUGGAUUCCUGGAUUGCAAACAGCCUAAGGAUAGAGACAACAGACUGGAAAAAAAUGAAAGUUGUCUCCUACCUCUUCAUGGCACUGAAAUUCCAGAGAGAGGAGAAAUUCCAGAGAAGGAGAAUCAAGGAGACAUAGAUGAUUAUGACACAAUGGCACAAACCUGCAUGUUUGAGCACCGGCCUGCAAAAACCCUUUCUCCAAUAUAUGAGAUGGAUGUUGGAGAAGCAAUUGAGCAGAGGAUGGAUUCAGAAACAGCAGUUCUAGAUGUGGAUCUUGAAGAUCAGCAGUUUGCAGAACAGGAUUGGACUCUUCUCAGGCAACUGUUAUCUGAGCAGGACUCAAAUAUAGGUUUCAAAAACUCUGUUCCUGAAGACCUUAACUUAGCACAAUGUCUAAUCAAUCAGACACUGUUUCUGGCACGAGAUGGUUCGAAUCCUCAGGGUACAUCACAAGUCGACACAUUCAGUAGGUGGACUGAACUUAUGUCUCCACUUGAUGAUUCUUCAGCAAGCAUUACAGUGGCAAGCUUUUCAUCUGAAGACUGUUCUUCCCCUCAAGGGGAAUGGACAAUUCUUGAACUGGAAACUCAUCAUUAAGGUGAUCAAAUGUUUGCAACUAACUCCAAUCCAUUCCCCAAAUCUAUUUUUGAUGCGUUGUUUCCAUACAAUAAUGAAAUACUGCAUCAGUCAAGAACAAGCAAUUCUUGGUACUGAGGCAAUCUUUCUGAUAUAAUGAGGUAAAUAUGUUAAUUUAUAAUCGAGAUUUAAUUGCAAGUACAGUAAUUUUUCAAGACUUAAACGUAUGUCUUUUCUAAAAUGAAUUUUGAGCAUGUAUUUUCUAGAAUUGUUAGAAAAAUUAGAUGACCUGAACGGAAGAUCGUGGUUUCCUCUCUCCUUUUAUCUUCCUUUUUGCCAUUUAAUAGUCUCAUUAAGCAAGAAUUUAAAGAUGACUGCACAAUUAGUAGAGUUAUUCCCUCCUUUUUUUCUCUCUCUUUCUCUAUAUGGUGACUCAAUUUUACAACAAUAAAGAUUCAGAAUGGUUGCGUCAAAAGGUCAUGUCUGCCAAUUCUGCUUUAAAUAACAGAAAUUUGUGUUCACAGGAAAGGUUCCAAUAUGAAUCCUCUUUGGGCUUUAUUAAUAUGAGCAGCUUGUUUCAUCUGUUUCAUCCACGUAUGAUUUUUUUUGUAUUUUUUG